GCUUUCUCCGCUUCCGGUCCUCGAUUCGCCGUGAUCGGUGAAUGGCUGAGUCACAAAAAGCCGCUGCCGCCUGCCGAUGCGGAGGCCAUGGCUUGGGCUGCCCCCUCUUUACCCUCCGAUAAAUCUCGGUUUAUCUGUAUAUAUCCAGCCUACAUAAAUAACAAGAAGACAAUAGCAGAAGGAAGAAGAAUACCUCUUGACAAAGCUAUUGAAAAUCCUACAUCUACGGAAAUUCAAGAUGUUUGUGCAGCAGUUGGUCUUAAUGUGCUUUUGGAGAAAAACAAAAUGUAUUCCAGGGAAUGGAACCGUGAUGCACAAUAUAGGGGUAGAGUUCGCAUUCAGCUGAAGCAGGAUGAUGGUAAUCUAUGUCAACCUCAGUUUCCAACACGUAAGGCAGUGAUGUUAUAUGCAGCAGAAACAAUUCCCAAACUGAAAACAAGAACACAGAAAAUGGGAGGCAGUGACCCAAGUCUACAGCAAGGAGAAGGUGGCAAAAAAAAUAAAGGAAAAAAGAAGAAAUGAAUAUGACAUGGACUAAUACUAUAUGUUCAGUUGAACAUGGUUACAGAAGAAUAAUGACUUCAAAUGACAGUUGGACAGACCAAUGAAAACAUGCAAAGCUAUUUUGUGAUAGUUUUUGAAUUAGAAUGAGUUUCAUUUUACAUAAAAUUAUGGUUGAACCAUUUGGGAACAGAAAAUCCUUUUCUAGUAUCUAAAACAUAUGAGAAAAUAAUGUUUUAAUGUAUUGAACUAUAUGUACAAAUGAGUGCAAAGCUGUUUGUUUUUGCCUUGGACACAUUUUCAUUUGAUAAUUGUACAAUGAAAAUACAUUAUCACUGUGAUCUUGGGCUUCUGGAACAAUUUCUUUAUUACAAUAAACAUGUUUGAAUUAAA